AUGCUGGCUCUGGCCGUGUCUGGGCGCGGGAAGCAGGGCGGCAAGGCUCGCGCCAAGGCCAAGACGCGCUCGUCGCGGGCCGGGCUGCAGUUCCCGGUGGGCCGCGUGCACCGGCUGCUCCGCAAGGGCAACUACGCCGAGCGGGUGGGGGCCGGCGCGCCGGUGUACCUGGCGGCCGUGCUGGAGUACCUGACGGCCGAGAUCCUGGAGCUGGCGGGCAACGCGGCCCGCGACAACAAGAAGACGCGCAUCAUCCCGCGCCACCUGCAGCUGGCCAUCCGCAACGACGAGGAGCUCAACAAGCUGCUGGGCCGCGUGACCAUCGCGCAGGGCGGCGUCCUGCCCAACAUCCAGGCCGUGCUGCUGCCCAAGAAGACCGAGAGCCACCGCCACAAAGUCCAGAGCAAGCAAUGUCUCACAAGCAGUAAAUCCAGCAAGUGA